AUUUUUUUGUCAAAGUCAUGUCAUUAUCGGUGUCAUGUGUUCUGUUGCUAUUUUUUGUUGCCGCAAAUGGUACCUUUCUCGAAGUGGGUAUGAAAAAUCCUUAUAAAUCUAGCAAACAAUUGACUAGUCCACCACAAGUGUUGAAAUCUACCUAUGAAAUAUCGAAUAGUGUGAAUACUGAGCAAGACCCUCUGGAUCAUAUUCUCUACUUUGACGAUGCAAGGGGAAUUAAAAGAGGCAAGAAAGACGCAAAGGUUUGGGACCACUGGGGCAAAUGGUCAGCUUGCAGUGUUAGCUGCGGUGUAGGAAGAAUGACAAGAUGGCGACACUGCCUUUCUCAGAGCUGUGAACUUGGUGAAAAAGAAGCACAAAUCAAAACAUGUAAUCUGAAUCCUUGUGGCUAGUCAUAAAUUAUAGUUCAUAUAUCCACACUGAUUCUACGAUAUAAGGAACUAUUACCUUAAUAUACUAUUUUGGUUCUAGAAGAAAUUCUCAGCUUUGUCACACAGAAAGUUUGUUGUUUUACGCUUUUUGGCAACUCAUCAACAUGGUCUAAGUCUAGGCUUAGUGACCAGCCUCUAUGCAGAAUAUAAGGUCUAUCGAAAUAAGACCAUCUAUUGCCAGAAUCGACCACUGCGAGAGUGAAACAGAUGCGUAAAAUUAGUGAGGCUGGACACAUGUAAAUAUACUAUCGAUCGAAUCGAUAAUGAUCAAAAGACACCUCGUAGCCUCGUCUCGUAAAUAGAACAGAUGUAGUCCCUCGUUUCCCAGCAACCGCGCCCUUCCAUCUUGCUCCUCCCCGGCCCCUGGACUACAAACUCUCGUUUUCUUCAAAGCCAACUUGUUGCAACAACUGGGUGAUGCAUAGAGAGGAAGCUAUUUACUUCGAGUGGCCUUCCCGUAAUUAAGAUCGAACAUCACUUACAGGU